AAUGCCAGAAAAUUGGAUUCAUGCAAUCAAUCGGGAGGACUGGUCUGACAUGCUGACGAUCGUGUGUGUUGUAGACAUUUUCAAUCUAUUAGCAGUAUUAGCUUGUAUUGCAGAAGUGACAGAAGGCAGAAGGAAUUUUAAUAAGGAAUGACAACAUUUCAUAAUGAUAACUAUGUGAGAUUACUAUUUACCUGAAAAAUCAUAUUUAGUCUCUUGCUGCAUUUUUUGUGCAUUGUACAACAGCACAAUGCGAAGGCAUGCUCGAAUUAAUGGAUAGCGCAAAAAACACGAUUCGUAUGCCAAAAUAUUGUGAAAAACUAGUUCAAUCCUUUGAUUCCUCUGUAACCAAGUAAAAAAGUGAGGUUGUGUUUCAAUAAUUCACAGAAGAAUGAGGUUGUGUCUCAAUAUUUUGCCUCCAGGGUCGGUCAUCGUGCACGCGACCUAUACUGUGGUUUUAUUCAAGCUUUCUGCUGUAGGCAUAAGCUGGCAUGUGAACUCGCCAUAAGCAAAGUCGUCACUACUAGAUACUAGAUAUCUUUUUUCUUUCUAUCCCAAUAUGUAAACAGAUAUAGCAAUAGCAAUAUACAAAAAUUAUUAGGCCCAAAACCAAACUGACCUAACUUAAUAUUUUUGGGAAAUUUCAGAUAAUUUUUAUUUCUUUUUGAUCUAUUUUGGUGUGGAAGGGCACUGGUAAACAUGUUGAGAAAACUGUUAUCAACCCCUUAUGCACUUUUACAUGCAAGCAGAGUUACAAUAUCCAGCAAGAUCACCAAUUUAUGCACUGUUGAGAAAAACACUAUGUCUGCCCCAGCAAAUGUGGCCACUUAUGAUGAAGUGAAAAAGGUUGGGUUAGAAAAUAAAGAAGUAUUAAUUAUAGAUGUCAGAGAGCCAAAGGAACUGCAAGAAACUGGUGUAAUUCCUGGUAGUAUCAAUAUUCCUUUGGGUGAUAUACAGAGUGUUUUGAGAGACCUUUCACCAGAGCAGUUCACCCAGAAAUAUGGAAGAAACAAACCUAGUAUAAACAGUGAGAUAAUAUUUUCCUGCAAAUCAGGGAAGAGAGCUGCAUCAGCCCUAGCUAUUUCUGAACAAUUAGGGUUUAAAUGUGUCAAAAAUUUUAGUGGUGGAUGGUUGGAAUGGGAAGAAAAAUCAAAAUGUUAAUAUACCUACAGUAUUAGUAAAAUAUUUACACAAAUUUUUACACUGUUACUGUUAGUGUCAUUUUUACACUGUUAAAACAAUUUUUUUAAAUCUUCAAUGUUUUUCACAAAUUCAUAGAAUACUUAUAGAAAAUAUCACAGGGCAUCUCUAAAUAGGAAUUUUGAAACUUUUAGUGAUAUGUACUUACUUGAACUACCUGAAAUAAAAUAUGAACAUGGGACACAUUGUUGAAAAUAAAUGUUUUU